AUGUCAGGCUCAACAUCUGGCUAUGGCGGAGGGAGUCAGUCUAGCGAUGGUAAAGAGCUUGGAUCUCGGAGGAAAAAGCUGGCUGGGUACUUCAAGGCUGCCAACGAAAUCCGCCAAUCCUACCAGCAGUCGUAUACCCAGAAAUGGACAGGAGAUAAUGGGCAGGAUGAAGAAGAUAUGAGGGGUAUUCCAGGUUCGUUUCCUGAUGUGGCUAUAGUAUCACAUGGAGACGAGCAGCUUGUGUUGUUUCCAUCUUAUGCACGAAGGCAUACGAAGGAGCCCCCGAAUGCCCGCUCAAUGGACGAGGAAGACGGCCCGGGUGAUGCCGAAUAUUGGGCUCGGGAAUGGCAGAAGUUCGAGGAUGAUAAUGCCAUCGUCGAUGUCGACGUGAGAGGUUGGAUAUAUUCGCCCCAUCGAGGGCCCAUCUCGCGGAAGAAUAGGGUGCUAAUUGGGCUCGCCCGGCAGCUCAGUGGUAUACCUGCUCCAAAAACACCUAGCAGAGAUAACAGCCCAGACUCGACAUCAUCAAUUCGAGCCAGACACAGAGAGCAUGAAGCUCGACGGGAGCAGGAGAGGAUUGCGCUCGAAGCUGAGCAGAUUUUGAAAAAGGGCGAAGGAGAAGAGAACGUGGCGUCCAGAGGAGGCUAUAGCGAGAAACCUGGCUACGAUUCAGAAUCUGAAAGCUUGUACGGCGAUCGUCGAAAAUCUCUUACGCCAUCAGUCGGCUUAGACGACCCUCCUGGACCCGGACACCUCUCAAAGCGAUCUUCUUGGAACCAUCCUAACGAUAUGAGCGCGGCAGAGUUGUUAACCGCUAACUCUCAUCUCAUGGCUCGCUUGCGGCCAUUCAUGACGAACCCUCUUAUCUCGACCCCUAUCACGGUUUUCUUUUAUGAUGAGAAGACUUCUGUGUCCAGAACCGUGACAACUAACGAGGCUGGACAUUUUAUCAUGAGAGCAGCGCUCAAUUUUGUUCCUACUCAUGUCAGGGUCUUAGCCUCGGAAAAUUUGUCCGCUACUGAGGAAGUCAAAAUAACAGAGCCGAAAGGCGUAAGUCUCAUUAGUGAUGUUGACGACACCAUAAAGCACUCUUCAAUAGGAAGUGGAGCACGAGAAAUAUUCCGAAACACCUUCAUUCGCGACCUCGGCGACCUCACAAUAGAUGGGGUAAAAGAAUGGUACAACACGAUGUAUGAUAUGGGUGUCGGUGUACAUUAUGUUUCCAAUUCGCCAUGGCAGCUUUUCCCAGUCCUAGUUACAUUUUUUCAGAAAGCUGGCUUACCCCCCGGAUCCUAUCACCUGAAGCAAUACAGUGGAAUGUUACAGGGAAUCUUUGAGCCUGUUGCUGAGCGGAAGAAAGGGACCCUCGAGAAGAUAAUGCGAGACUUUCCCGAGAGAAAGUUUAUUCUCAUUGGCGAUAGCGGAGAGGCAGAUUUGGAGGUGUAUACAGACAUUGUAAUUGCGAAUCCCGGAAAGAUUAUUGCAAUUUUCAUUAGAGACGUUACAACACCAGAUACUGAGGGAUUCUUCGACUCGGCAAUGGGACCGUUGAGUGGCGAACGUGGCAGAGGGAGAAAGGUCCCUCAAAGAACGAGUACCAGUGACAAAAGAACGAGUACUAAUGACAAUACGAGGAUUAACACUUCACUAGCUAAAGGUGCUGAGCGACGACCACCACUCCCUCCUCCAUCCUCCUCCAAUUCUGUAGAGAGGCGACCCACUCUUCCACCCAGGAUACCCUCAGAAACUAAACCACAGACCAGUGCUGGGCCAGCAAUGGGAAAACUCAUUGAUUUCGACGACGAACCAUCAAAGUCGGAUGUCCAUGAGUCCCAUCGUCGUAUAAUACCGCGUUCUGCCUCUGAUUUUCAAGUCUUAGACUCCUCCAGGCGCAAGUCAGCGCCUGAUGGUUCAGAAAGAGUACCCCCCCCUCGUCCAACAAAACCAGAAGCACUCCGCAGUCUAUCAAGGAAAGGCGUAGCAUCUGAAUCGUCCCUGGAUUCUAAGAAGACAGCUCCACCACCACCCAAAUCCCGUCGAAGUCCGGCUCUUGCUGAUAGUAUUUCUCAUCCGUUGUCACAAGCGCAAAGCUCCUCUGAUUUACGGUCAUCUGAUGAAGAAGGAUACAUGAGGAGCGCGCGAAGUAAAGUUUAUUCUGUCUAUAACUCACUGCCAGAAGUCCGAUCUUAUAUACCCGGCCAUAGUUCUCCAUCUAAGGAUUUAGAAAAUCGUGGUGGCGAAAGAGCUCCGCCUCCGCCGCCAAGAAGGACUGGUACCAGUGGUUCUAUAUCUGGCAAUAUUACAAAACGCAUGUCGUGGAAUAGCACUGAUUCUUCUGAUGAUGAGCGCCCAAACGUAGUCGUUAACAAGAAGCUUGAAAUGUGGAAACAGAGAUGGAGGCGGGCUCAAGAUAUUCUUGGGCCGAAAGGCGUCAUGCUUCGGACCUGGAGAACUGGUGAUGAUGUUUGUCUCGACGCAGUGCACCUAGUGGAAAAAAAUAUGAGAGAAAUGGGAGUCGAAGGGUAUGGCAAGAGCAGUAAGAAGACAGGUGAAGGUGGCGGAGAAGUGAAGGUAAAGGACUUGAAGCGAUGA